AGGACAUCUGCAUGUCCCACAUCGGAACACUAUCAAAGACCACAACCAAUCACAGCUUCAGCUUGGAUCUCUCUUUCGGUCUUUCCAUCACUUUCUCUCCCUCUCUCUUCGCUCUUUCUCUCGCCUCACACCUAAUUCGCGGCUCAAAUAACUUGCCGCAAAGACAAAAAAUCUGAUUGACGAGGGUUAAAGCUACUGCUCUCAUUUCUUCAACUUGAAAUGGAAGCCGCGCUCUCUUGCUACUUCACCCUCCAUUUCCGUUCCUCCUCCAUCGCCUGCAAUUCUCCCUUUCCGAAAACCCCAUUCUUUAUCCGGGGUAGCUCCAAUAGCGGCGUUAAGACUAGCAAUGGUACCAGGAGGAGAAGCCGCAGCAGCAAGAAGCCCACGCUUCUGAAAAAUGUUAAGACAAAUCAUGUUGAUUCUAGUGACCUUACUGCGGCUCCGCCCGUGGGAGGCCAGGAGGAGGGUGGGCCUGAGGAGAAGCCGAAGAAUAAGCCGGUGAGCGUGCGUACUCUUUAUCAGAAUGGGGACCCACUGGGGCGGAGGGAACUGAGGAGGUGCGUGGUGAGGUGGAUCAGCCAGGGGAUGAGGGGCAUGGCGUUGGAUUUCGCUUCCGCGGAGUUGCAGGGGGAGUUCGCUGAAUUGAGGCAGCGGAUGGGACCCGGUCUGAGUUUCGUAAUCCAGGCACAGCCCUACCUCAAUGCCAUUCCUAUGCCCCUUGGUCAUGAAGCCGUCUGCUUGAAGGCCUGCACUCAUUACCCUACCCUCUUCGACCAUUUCCAGAGAGAGUUGAGAGACGUCCUCCAGGAUCACCAGCGGAAAUCCCAGUUCCAAGAUUGGCGUGAAACCCAGUCCUGGCAGCUGCUCAAGGAGCUUGCUAAUUCAGCCCAGCAUAGGGCUAUUGCGCGCAAGGUAUCUCAGCCGAAGCCCCUCAAAGGCGUUUUAGGAAUGGAGCUGGACAAGGCCAAGGCUAUACAGAGCAGGAUCGAUGAAUUCACAAAGCGGAUGUCUGAGCUGCUUCAAAUAGAGCGGGACUCUGAGUUGGAGUUUACUCAGGAGGAAUUGAAUGCCGUUCCUACACCUGAUGAGAGUUCUGAUUCAUCCAAACCUAUUGAGUUCUUGGUCAGCCAUGGCCAGGCUCAACAGGAACUCUGUGACACUAUCUGCAAUUUGAAUGCUGUUAGCACUUUCAUAGGAUUAGGUGGAAUGCAUUUGGUGUUGUUCAAGGUUGAGGGGAAUCACCGAUUGCCACCUACUACCCUUUCUCCUGGAGAUAUGGUCUGUGUGCGAAUUUGUGAUAGCAGGGGUGCAGGGGCAACAUCUUGCAUGCAAGGAUUUGUUGACAGUCUAGGCAAGGAUGGGUGCAGCAUCAGUGUAGCUCUGGAGUCUCGUCAUGGUGAUUCAACCUUCUCUAAGCUCUUUGGCAAGAGCGUGCGCAUUGAUCGCAUUCACGGAUUGGCUGAUGCUCUCACAUAUGAGCGCAACUGUGAAGCCCUGAUGCUGCUCCAAAAGAAUGGUUUACAAAAGAAAAAUCCUUCAAUUGCUGUUGUGGCCACUCUUUUUGGAGACAAAGAAGAUGUUGCAUGGCUGGAAGAAAAUGACUUGGUAGAUUGGGCUGAGGUAGGUUUGGAUGAACUAUUGGAGAGUGGGGCUUAUGAUGAUUCUCAGAGAAGAGCAAUUGCCUUAGGGUUGAACAAGAAACGGCCAGUACUGAUAAUCCAAGGGCCUCCUGGAACUGGAAAGACAGUUUUGCUCAAGGAACUCAUAGCACUUGCCGUUCAACAAGGUGAAAGGGUGCUUGUCACAGCACCUACAAAUGCAGCAGUGGAUAACAUGGUCGAAAAACUUUCUAAUAUUGGAGUAAACAUUGUGCGCGUCGGCAAUCCAGCACGGAUAUCCUCUGCAGUAGCUUCAAAAUCUUUGGGUGAAAUUGUGAAAUCUAAGCUGGAAAAUUUUCUAACUGAAUUUGAAAGGAAGAAAUCAGAUCUAAGAAAAGACUUGAGACAUUGUUUAAAGGAUGACUCUUUAGCUGCUGGCAUACGCCAGCUUCUAAAACAACUUGGAAAGGCACUGAAGAAGAAGGAAAAGGAAACUGUGAAGGAAGUAUUAUCAAGUGCACAAGUUGUGCUUGCCACUAACACUGGAGCAGCUGAUCCUGUGAUUAGAAGAUUGGAUGCCUUUGAUCUCGUUAUUAUAGAUGAAGCAGGACAAGCAAUUGAACCUUCUUGCUGGAUACCUAUUUUGCAGGGAAAGCGCUGCAUUAUUGCUGGUGAUCAAUGUCAGCUUGCUCCUGUGAUUCUAUCUAGAAAAGCUUUGGAAGGUGGUCUUGGGGUAUCACUCCUGGAGAGAGCAGCAACUUUGCAUGAGGAGGUUCUUGCCACCAAAUUAACAACACAGUAUCGAAUGAAUGAUGCAAUUGCCAGCUGGGCUUCAAAGGAGAUGUACGGUGGAUCAUUGAAGUCUUCCUCCUCUGUCUUUUCUCAUCUUCUGGUAGAUUCUCCAUUUGUGAAGCCUGCAUGGAUAACACAAUGCCCAUUGCUAUUGCUUGAUACAAGAAUGCCAUAUGGAAGUUUAUCAGUUGGUUGUGAAGAGCAUUUGGAUCCAGCUGGCACAGGUUCCUUUUACAAUGAAGGGGAAGCAGAUAUCGUUGUGCAACACGUCUUGUCUUUGAUUUCUGCUGGUGUUAGCCCAACAGCAAUUGCAGUUCAAUCUCCUUAUGUUGCUCAAGUGCAACUGUUGAGAGACAGGCUUGAUGAGAUUCCAGAAGCUGUAGGUGUUGAGGUUGCAACUAUUGAUAGCUUUCAAGGCCGGGAGGCUGAUGCAGUAAUUAUAUCAAUGGUUCGAUCAAACACUCUAGGAGCAGUUGGCUUCCUGGGGGAUAGCAGGCGAAUGAACGUUGCAAUAACAAGGGCAAGAAAACAUGUAGCAGUGGUGUGUGAUAGCUCAACAAUAUGCCACAACACAUUCUUGGCCAGGCUCCUCCGUCAUAUCCGAUACAUCGGUAGAGUGAAGCAUGCUGAGCCUGGGACUUUUGGGGGAUCUGGACUCGGCAUGAAUCCAAUGCUUCCAAUCAUCAGUUAGCAUCCCCAUUACCUGGUGAAGUACUCAUCUCUUGAACUUCUAUUUCCUUAAAUUGAUGAUUAUUUGGGAGGUCAAUGGUAAGGUAGAUCUCAAUUCCUAUACAAAAAGAAAAAAAGAAAAAGAAAAAAAAGAGAGAGAUAGCAGGAUGGUUGUAUCUGCCGGCAGCAUCAGCUUCCAAAUCUAAUCUGAUGUACAGUCUGCCUAUUAAUUUUCCAACACAGAUAAGUGAAUAGCAAUUCCAUUUGUAUAUAAUUGGCACACAAAUGUAAGCAUACAAUAUUUUUUAUACAACUCAAAAGUUGUUGUGAUGUGGAGGAAA